GCAUAUUUUAAACUGUACAAACGGACCAGACUGAGAUCAGGCAGAGAGGCGACGCUUCGCUAGUCUCGUUUGACAAGUGUUGGUUAUUUUAAACUCUUCGCCGAUAAACACAAACUAUUGGAAUUUAACAAUGAGAAGGAGCGAGGUGCUCGCAGCAGAGGCUGUGUCCUGCCUGAAUAAAGCGCUCUGCCACCUGAAGGACAUCUGGGAGGAAAUCGGUAUCCCCGAGGACCAGAGACUGCAGAGAACUAACGUUGUCAAGAACCACAUUAAGAACUUACUAGACAUGAUGAUCAAAGAAGAGGAAUCUCUGAAAAAGAGGCUCAUAAGCAGCAUUGAAAAAUGCAAGGCAGAAAUGGAUACCCUGUGCCUGGAACUUCAGCUAAACGGGUUUGAGGAAGAGACUGGCAUCACCAUGCUGCAGCAAGAGAAGAACAUCCGCACACAGGUGGAGGCUCUGGUAAAGGAGAAGACUCGGCGGAUGCAGCAGCUGAAGUCUCUGCUGGACCAGGACCAGGACCUGUGCGACAUCCUGUGCUCCAUGCCGUACGGCAUCGCUCCAGACUCUGUUCCCACACCGGAACAGCUGGAGAGCCUCAGCCAGCACAUCGCCAACCAGAACGCAGAGAAGGCCCGGCGACAUGCUGAGUUCAUGGACCUCAAAAAGCAGAUCACCGUGUACAUGGCGGAGCUGGAGCACAUCCCCGAGACCAGCUUCGAGAAGGACGUCGUCUGCGAGGACGAGGACCAUUUCUGCCUUUCAAGAGACAAUAUCACGUCACUCAAACUGCUUGUUUGUCAGCUGGAGGAACGCAAGGCGGAGAACGAGGCGGUGUGUGAGGCUCACCGAGAGAAGAUCCAGCGGUUGUGGGACAGACUGCAGGUUCCCCAGGAGGAGAGGGAGGCCUUCAACGACCACAUGGUCGCAUCCAGGAAGAGGAACCUGGAAGCGUUACAAGCAGAAGUUCAGCGUCUAGAGGAGCUCAAACUGCUGAACAUCCGCCACGUCACCGACGCCAUCCGCUCCGAGAUCGCCGUGUUUUGGGAAAAGUGCUUCUUCAGCAGUGACCAGCGGCAGGCUUUCGCUCCAUAUUUUAGCGAGGAUUUUACUGAGGAGCUGUUGAGUCUGCAUGAUGCGGAGAUCCAGCGCUUGAAGCAGCAUUAUGAGAAUCACAAAGAGCUUUUUGACGGCGUCCAGCAGUGGGAGGACAGCUGGAGACUCUUCCUCGAGCUAGAGAAAAAAGCCACAGAUCCGACACGAUUCACGAACAGAGGAGGGAAUCUUCUGAAAGAGGAGAAACAGAGGUCUGAGCUGCAUAAAAGCCUGCCCAAGCUGGAAAAGAAAUUAAAAGCCCAGAUUGACGCGUGGGAGAGUGAACAGGAUCGAGAGUUUCUAGUAAACGGCCAGAAGUUUCUGCAGUAUGUGGAGGAACAGUGGGAGCUGCACCGGAUAGAGAAAGAGAAGGAGAAACAAGAGAGGCAUCUGAAGAAGAGCAAACAGACGGAGGAGGAUAUGCUGUACGGAACGGCAGUACGGACCCCCACCAAACGCAGACUCCUCACCACUACUACCCCCAAUAAAUCACGAAAGUUUAAUGCGACUUCCAGCAUUUCCAGCGCCACGCCCAACAGCACCAGUCGCUCUGUCUUUGGUGGAACCGUCUGUCGCUCCCCUGUGCCCCGCCUACCUCUCUCAGCAAACAAGGGUCCAGCAGCACGGAUGCCAGCCUGCGGCGGGAAACCCCCCAACCCACGCUUGCAAGGCUGCAACAAGGAGAACGAGGCCCAGCUGAAGGGGAGCCCUGUGAGUGGUGCGUUGCUGAUCCCCGCUAGUCCACAGCGUAACUUCAGCAUAGCCUCUGUUGCCAGCACAUAUUCAGAGUUUGUGAGGGACUUGGUCAGCACUGAAUCGGUUCAGUCAAGCGAGACCUGUCCAAGGCCUCUGACGCCAAGAUCCAGCACAACAUCCUGAACUCCACCACCACCAACCUUUGACCUCUGACUGCGUCAGCUAGCGUACUCCUUUCACUGAAGUUCUGAUUUCCUCUGUAAAAAAGGAUCACUGCCUUUCACUACUAUCAGCUUUUAUAUGUAAAUGAAUGUAAUAAUAUAUUGAGUGUUAAGUCAGUGAUAAACAAGGACUGUGUUGUCAGUUGCUGAGCGUCUUGUCGUCAGCGGUCUGUCACUGUCUGCAGGGGAAAUAAAUGUUUGUGUAAGUUAAACUAACACUACUUUGGCUCUCUAAAUGUUGCUCAUUUUAUUGAUAUGUUAAAGGGUAACUACUGUUUUUUUUUUUUUCAACCUGGAUCUCUAUUUUCCUCUGUUUUUGAGUCUAAGUGACUGAUGGGAACUACAGUCUUUGACAUUGGACCAGUAUUAAGCAUGAUCGCUGCUGAAACAAGCUACAAUCUAAGUUAACAGGGCAAUUGUCCAGCUUGUCUUUACCUUCACAAAAGUGCUCGUUUUGCCACUGACCAAAUCAGGUUAAUAUUCCAAGUGUCUAACAACAUUAUGGAAAGGAUCCCUUCAGAGAUAGACCU